AACGGAGAGUACAACCCCUUCGUUGAGGUCAACCAUUCAGUACUGAUUGUCGGUUACGGCGUUGACUCCAAGACUAAUGAGAAGUAUUGGAUCGUUAAGAACUCAUGGGGCGCCUCCUGGGGUGAUCAUGGUUAUUUCAAAAUCGCAAGGGGCAAAAAUACGCAAGGAAUAGAAAGCAUAGCCGUUGAGGCCAUUCCUAUUCCCAAUUAA